CGCGCGCACAGGCGCACACUGGAGCGCACUCCCACACACACGCACACACACACACGCCCGCGCGCUCCCUCGCUCUCCACCGCGCGCACACGGCUCCACUAUCUCCCUUCCUGUCCUCCCUCCUCGCUCAGCAUUCAAACAGCUUGCCGACAUCAUCAGCCAAGGAUUUCUUUUCUUUUUUCUUUUUUUCCCCCUUUCCCUCCCCCGCCCCAGUCGCUGUCCACCCAUCGGCACCUGAGGAGGAGGAGGAGAGGAAGAAGUAUAUCCAGAUAAAGAAUAACCAAACCAAACAACAACAACCCAACAACCCCCUCCAGCAAUCUGCAUUAGGGCAGUAGUUGUGCUCCUGGCUCCCGGCUCGCCUGGCAUCGCUGUCCGCCGCCUGCUCGUGUUCAGACUUUGUUUCAAGUGUAUUCAAUCUUCUUCGCCCUUCCGACAGUUCCGUUUUGCCCCCUCCGCCACCCACCCUCCUGCGGGGUCGGGGCUGGGGCUUUUCCUGUCCCUCCGUGUGCUUGGAUGUAGCGGAUCCAGAGGCGACGCUGCUCCGGGCGUGCAAGCGGGCUUCUCUCUGCCGUUAUUAUUCUUUUUUUAUUUUUUUAUUUUUUUUUUUUUGCCUUUUAUUUUUUCUUCCAAUCUUGGUUUUGAACCUGAGCGGGGGAAAAUGGGAACCGGUGCUGCCGACAGAAGGGGCAUCUCUCCAGCACUGGUGUUGGGACGCGUGCCUGUGGCGCUAGUGGUUUAGAGAAACAGCCUGCCAGCUUUCGGAGUGGAAGGCCAAAUGACAUAGGAUGAAGGCUGUUCGUAAUUUGCUGAUUUAUAUAUUUUCCACCUAUCUACUGGUUAUGUUUGGAUUUAAUGCUGCCCAAGACUUCUGGUGUUCCACGCUGGUGAAGGGGGUCAUUUAUGGAUCGUAUUCUGUAAGUGAGAUGUUUCCUAAAAACUUUACAAACUGCACUUGGACGCUGGAAAAUCCAGAUCCGACCAAAUAUAGCAUUUACCUGAAAUUUUCCAAAAAAGACUUCAGCUGCUCCAACUUUUCCCUCUUGGCUUAUCAGUUUGAUCAUUUUUCUCAUGAGAAAAUAAAGGAUCUUUUAAAAAAUAACCACUCUAUAAUGCAGCUCUGCGAUUCCAAGAAUGCUUUUGUAUUUCUGCAAUAUGAUAAGAAUUUCAUUCAGAUCCGCCGAGUUUACCCCAUCGAUUUCCCAGGAUUACAGAAAAGGGAAGACGACCAGAAAUCCUUCUUUGAGUUUUUGGUGUUGAACAAGGUGAGCCCGAGCCAGUUUGGUUGCCACGUAUUAUGCACUUGGCUGGAGAGCUGCUUGAAAUCCGAGAACGGGAGAACCGAGUCCUGUGGGAUCAUGUAUACAAAAUGCACCUGCCCUCAGCAUUUGGGAGAAUGGGGAAUAGACGACCAGUCCCUGGUGUUGCUCAAUAACGUGGUGCUGCCCCUUAACGAGCAGACCGAGGGCUGCCUGACCCAGGAGCUGCAAACCACCCAGGUGUGCAACCUCAGCAGAGAAGUCAAGCGGCCGCCCAAAGAAGAAUUUGGAAUGAUGGGAGAUCAUACAAUUAAAAGUCAGCGACCUCGAUCUGUUCAUGAGAAAAGGGUCCCUCAGGAACAAGCUGAUGCUGCUAAAUUUAUGGCACAAACUGGUGAAUCUGGUGUUGAAGAAUGGGCCCAGUGGAGUACGUGUUCAGUUACUUGUGGUCAAGGGUCGCAGGUGCGAACCAGAACUUGUGUAUCACCUUACGGGACACACUGCAGCGGCCCUUUAAGAGAAUCAAGGGUUUGCAAUAACACUGCCCUCUGUCCAGUACACGGAGUUUGGGAGGAAUGGUCACCUUGGAGUUUGUGUUCAUUCACAUGUGGUCGAGGCCAAAGAACUAGAACAAGGUCAUGUAUACCUCCCCAGUAUGGGGGAAGAUCCUGUGAUGGACCUGAAACACAGCAUAAACCUUGCAAUAUUGCUCUCUGCCCUGUUGAUGGACACUGGCAGGAAUGGAGUUCAUGGAGUCAGUGCUCAGUGACAUGCUCCAAUGGCACUCAGCAGAGAAGUCGACAGUGUACAGCAGCUGCUCAUGGGGGUUCUGAAUGCAGAGGCCCCUGGGCUGAAAGCAGGGAGUGCCAUAACCCAGAGUGUACUGCUAACGGUCAGUGGAACCAAUGGGGACACUGGAGUGGAUGUUCCAAAUCAUGUGAUGGUGGCUGGGAAAGGCGAAUAAGGAUUUGUCAAGGUGCUGCUGUGACUGGACAACAAUGCGAAGGGACUGGUGAAGAGGUUAGAAGAUGCAGUGAACAGAGGUGUCCUGCACCCUAUGAAAUAUGUCCUGAAGAUUAUUUGAUGUCAAUGGUGUGGAAAAGGACCCCAGCUGGGGACAUGGCAUUCAAUCGAUGUCCUCUCAAUGCUACAGGCACCACUAGCAGACGCUGCUCUCUCAGUGUUCAUGGAGUGGCCUUCUGGGAGCAUCCAAGUUUUGCUAGAUGCAUAUCAAAUGAGUACAGACACUUGCAGCAUUCAAUUAAAGAGCACCUUGCCAAGGGACAAAGGAUGCUGGCUGGUGAUGGAAUGUCCCAGGUCACAAAGACUCUGUUGGAUUUAACUCAGAGGAAAAACUUUUAUGCAGGGGAUCUUCUUAUUUCUGUGGAAAUCCUCAGAAAUGUUACAGACACGUUUAAAAGGGCAAGUUACAUUCCUGCGUCUGAUGGUGUCCAGAACUUCUUUCAAAUAGUUAGUAAUCUCCUAGAUGAAGAGAACAAGGAAAAAUGGGAAGAUGCACAACAGAUCUAUCCAGGAUCAGUAGAGCUAAUGCAGGUGAUUGAAGAUUUUAUACACAUUGUUGGAAUGGGGAUGAUGGACUUUCAGAAUUCGUAUCUAAUGACUGGAAAUGUAGUGGCUAGUAUUCAGAAGCUUCCUGCAGCAUCUGUUCUAACAGACAUCAAUUUCCCAAUGAAAGGCAGGAAAGGAAUGGUUGACUGGGCGCGAAACUCAGAAGACAGGGUUGUCAUUCCAAAAAAUAUCUUCACCCCUAUGUCAUCAGAACUAGAUGAAUCAACUGUAUUCGUGCUUGGAGCAGUUUUGUACAAAAAUCUGGAACUUAUUUUGCCCACUUUAAGAAAUUUUACUGUUGUUAAUUCCAAAAUCAUCGUUGUCACUAUAAGGCCUGAACCUAAAACUACUGACUCCUUUCUAGAGAUAGAGUUGGCACACCUGUCUAAUGGCACUUUGAAUCCCUAUUGUGUGCUUUGGGAUGAUUCAAAAAUGAACGACUCUUUGGGAACCUGGUCCGCCCAGGGAUGUAAAACUGUGCUUACCGAUGCAUCCCAUACGAAAUGCUUAUGUGAUCGUCUCUCUACCUUCGCCAUUUUGGCUCAGCAACCUAGAGAAAUAAUCAUGGAAUCAUCUGGUACACCCUCAGUAACCCUAAUAGUAGGCAGUGGUCUUUCAUGUUUGGCCUUGAUCACCCUAGCAGUUGUCUAUGCAGCACUAUGGAGGUACAUCAGAUCUGAGAGAUCAAUAAUUCUGAUUAAUUUCUGCCUAUCUAUUAUCUCAUCAAAUAUCCUUAUACUAGUUGGACAAACCCAGACACAGAAUAAGGGCAUCUGCACCACAACCACUGCAUUUUUACACUUCUUCUUCUUAGCUUCGUUCUGUUGGGUUUUGACAGAAGCGUGGCAGUCAUAUAUGGCUGUUACUGGAAAAAUUAGGACACGGCUUAUAAGGAAGCGCUUCUUGUGCCUUGGAUGGGGUUUACCAGCAUUAGUGGUGGCUAUUUCGAUAGGCUUUACCAAGACAAAAGGAUAUGGAACGCCUCACUACUGCUGGCUGUCUCUCGAAGGAGGGUUACUCUAUGCUUUUGUUGGACCUGCGGCUGCUGUUGUCUUGGUCAACAUGGUGAUUGGCAUUUUGGUAUUUAAUAAACUUGUUUCCAGAGAUGGGAUCCUAGAUAAAAAGCUCAAACACAGAGCGGGGGCUUCCCUUUGGAGUUCCUGUGUUGUGUUACCUCUUCUGGCUCUGACCUGGAUGUCUGCAGUUCUGGCCAUGACAGACAAAAGAUCAAUUUUAUUUCAGAUACUCUUUGCAGUAUUUGAUUCCUUGCAAGGCUUUGUUAUUGUCAUGGUCCACUGCAUUCUCCGAAGAGAGGUUCAAGAUGCAUUCAGAUGUCGAUUAAGAAACUGCCAAGAUCCAAUCAAUGCAGAUUCUUCUAGUUCUUUUCCUAAUGGGCAUGCUCAAAUUAUGACAGAUUUUGAAAAAGAUGUGGACAUUGCUUGUCGGUCAGUUCUACAUAAAGACAUUGGACCGUGUAGAGCAGCUACAAUAACAGGAACACUCUCUAGAAUAUCACUAAAUGAUGAUGAAGAGGAGAAAGGAGCCAACCCUGAAGGAAUGAGCUACUCAACAUUGCCUGGAAACAUCAUUUCCAAAGUCAUCAUUCAGCAGCCCACAGGCCUCCAUAUGCCUAUGAGUAUGAGCGAGCUUGCCAAUCAGUGUUUGAAAAAAGACAACAGUGAAUUGCGGAGGACUGUUUAUUUAUGUACUGAUGAUAACUUGAGAGGUGCGGAUAUGGACAUAGUCCAUCCUCAAGACCGAAUGAUGGAAAGUGACUAUAUUGUUAUGCCCAGAGGCUCUGUAAGCACCCAGCCAUCACUGAAAGAUGAAAACAAAAUGAAUAUAGGCAUGGAUACCUUGCCUCAUGAAAGGCUGUUGCACUACAAAGUUAACCCAGAAUUCAAUAUGAAUGCCUCUGUAAUGGACCAAUUUAAUAUAAAUUUAGAUCAGCAUCUUCCCACGCAGGAACAUAUGCAAAAUUUGCCCUUUGAGCCCCGCACAGCUGUAAAGAACUUCAUAGCUUCAGAGUUAGAUGACAACGCAGGGUUAUCAAGAAGUGAAACUGGAUCCACGAUAUCAAUGAGUUCCUUAGAGAGAAGAAAAUCACGUUACUCGGACCUUGACUUUGAAAAGGUCAUGCAUACAAGGAAGAGGCAUAUGGAAUUGUUUCAGGAGUUAAAUCAGAAGUUUCAGACUCUGGACAGAUUUCGGGAUGUACCAAAGUCAGGAAGUAUGGAAAACCCAACACCGAACAAGGCUCCAUGGGACAGUUUCAAAAACACAAGUGAAUACCAACACUAUACUACGAUAAACGUAUUAGACACAGAGGCAAAAGAUGCUUUAGAACUAAGACCAGCAGAAUGGGAGAAGUGUCUGAACUUGCCUUUAGAUGUGCAAGAAGGUGACUUUCAAACAGAAGUUUAGCAAAAUUUAAACAAACUGAACAAACACAAUGAAUUAUUUGCACUGACACUAAAGAGACUUUGGGAAGCCUGACAUUCCUGUCUGAACAUUGUGACUAUUUUAUGUCAGGAUCUUCAUGUGCCAAAUGUCAGUGGUUUUUUCGUACAGUAUAUUCCCACUGGUAAAGCUAGUGGAGAACCAGGUGUACAAUUCUUACCAUCGUGUGUUGUAAGUACCCGUGGAAUGGAUUUGUAAGGUAAUCUUUAUAGAUAAACCUCAAGCAACGAUUCAUGUUGUAACAGCUUCAUUUGGUUUAGUUUUCAAAAAACUUCACCAUGAAGCACAAUGUAUAUAUUUAUGCAGUUUUUAAAGUUUAUAACAGUCUGUUUGGCCAUUACUACACUUUUUACUUUAUAAUAUAAAAGCAAAGUUUUUGUCAUUAAAUGAAUGUCUGUUGAGCUACAUUCUUCAUUGCUUUAAAUGCAAUAAAGUAAUAAUCUCACUUUUAUAUGAAUAAUAUAUUUCACAUCUUUAUUAUUGCAGUUUUCUCUGGAAAGCUCAGACUAGCUUUCUCUGCUGCAGCUGUGUAUAAAAUAUUUAAAAUGUUGUAUGGUGUAAAUAAACUUUUGUCUACAUAUCA